AACCAGACAGGACUGGGUGUUCACACAUUUCAGAGGAUGUCUGGCUGUGAAUGGGAUGAUGAGACGGGCGAGGUGAAUGGUUUUAAUCAGUUUGGUUAUGAUGGAGAAGACUUCAUUGCAUUUGAUUUAAAGACGCGUACAUGGAUUCCUACAAAGCCACAGGCUGUGAUCUUCAAACAACAGUGGGACAACAACAGAGAGGCAUUAAAUAGAGAAAGGAAUAAUCUCAUCAUGAUCUGUCCUGAAAUGCUGAAGAAAUUUUUGAACUAUGGGAGGACACUCCUGGUAAAACCAGUUCUUCCCUCAUUUUAUCUCCUCCAGAAGACUCCUUCCUCUCCAGUCACCUGCCAUGCUACAGGUUUCAAUCCUGACAAAGUGAACAUGGUCUGGAGGAAAGAUGGAGUGGAGAUUCAUGAGGGCGUAAACAAAGGAGAGAUCCUCCCCAACAAUGAUUGGACCUUCCAGAUUAGUGUUGACCUGGAAAUGUCAUCAGUCAGACCUGAAGACUGGGAAAGAUAUGCCUGUGUGUUUCAGUUCUCCGGUGUGAACCAGGAUAUCGUCACCAAACUGGACAAAGCAGUGAUCUGGACCAAUAAGGGAAUGUAUGCCGGUUCUCUUGAUAGCGCUCAACACAGUGGGUACUCUGGAGAUCACAGGAUCCCCUUUUUGGUGAGACAGGAGAUCGGCAUGGGACAGCACAUGAGAGACAUCACAGGCAGGUGA